CCGACGCGGGGGCUGCUCGGCUACUGUCCCGGAGCCGUUCACGUCCCGCCGGAGCCCGGCGCAGGCUGAUUUUUCAAAAUGCCAAGUAGGAAAUUUGCUGAUGGCGAGGUGGUGAGAGGUCGGUGGCCUGGGAGUUCGCUUUACUAUGAAGUUGAAAUUCUGAGCCAUGACAGCCAGUCCCAGCUCUACACCGUCAAGUACAAAGACGGCACUGAACUUGAGCUGAAGGAGAAUGAUAUCAAGCCUUUAACUUCCUUUCGACAAAGGAAAAGUGGCUCAACUUCCAGUUCUCCCUCCAGACGCCGAGGGAGUAGGUCAAGGUCGCGCUCCCGAUCCCCCGGUCGACCACCGAGGAGUUCCCGUCGAUCCGCCUCUGCUUCACACCAGGCUGACAUAAAGGAGAUGAGGAAGGAAGUCCUGGAAGUGAAGCUGACUCCGCUGGUGCUGAAGCCAUUUGGGAACAGCCUCAGCAGAUACAACGGGGAGCCUGAGCACACAGAGAGGGACGGCCUGCCCCCCAGAAACACUGAGGAAAAAUUCCAUUUGUCGGAAGAAAGUCAUUACAUAUCUACACAGUAUAGCCUUCGGCCAAGAAGAGAAGAGAUCAAAUUAAAAGACAUAGAUUCUAAGGAAGAAAACAUUGUUGCAACAAAAGGAUCUACAUUAUGGAAAACUUCUGAAGAGCCGGCCACGCAGGCCAAGGCCCUGGAGUUCGGUGGAGUCCCUGGUGCGUUUCUCAUCAUGCUCGGCUUGCCUGCCUUCCUCUUCCUGUUGCUGCUCAUGUGCAAACAGAAGGAGCCCCGUCUUCUGAAUUUCCCACCUCCGUUGCCAGCUUUGUCUGAUCUGUGGGAAACCAGAGUGUUCGGGGUCUAUCUGCUCUGGUUUUUUCUUCAGGCUCUGUUCUACCUCCUGCCGAUCGGGAAGGUUGUGGAAGGAAUGCCUCUUACUGAUGGAAGAAGACUCAAGUAUAGAUUGAAUGGGUUCUAUGCUUUCCUGCUGACCGCCGCGGCCGUUGGGGCGGCCGUGUUCUGGGGCCUGGAGCUGCUCUACGUCUACGACCAUUUCCUGCAGCUGGCGCUGGCUGCCUUCGCCUUCACCGUGGGCCUCAGCGCCUACCUGGCCGUACGGGCUGCGGGUGCCCCCCUGGCUGCCCUGGCCCCUGGCAGCUCUGGAAACGCCGUCUAUGAUUUCUUCAUUGGCCGUGAGCUUAAUCCUCGGAUUGGUACUUUUGAUCUCAAAUACUUCUGUGAAUUGCGUCCCGGACUGAUCGGAUGGGUGGUUGUGAACUUGGUGAUGCUUUUGGCGGAGAUGAAGGUACAGAAUCAAGCCACUCCGUCCUUGGCGAUGAUUUUGGUGAACAGUUUCCAGCUCUUGUACGUGGUGGAUGCUCUCUGGAACGAGGAAGCAUUGUUGACAACCAUGGACAUCACCCAUGACGGGUUUGGAUUCAUGCUGGCUUUUGGAGACUUAGUGUGGGUUCCCUUCAUCUAUAGCUUGCAAGCCUUUUAUCUCGUCAACCAUCCCAACGAAGUGUCCUGGCCCAUGGCCUCUCUGAUUAUUGCUCUGAAACUUUGUGGAUAUGUAAUCUUCCGAUGUGCAAAUUCUCAGAAAAAUGCAUUCCGGAAAAAUCCCAGUGACCCAAAGCUUGCACAUCUAAAAACCAUCCAUACUUCAACCGGAAAAAAUCUUCUAGUUUCCGGAUGGUGGGGCUUCGUUCGUCACCCCAAUUACUUGGGUGAUCUCAUCAUGGCCCUGGCGUGGUCCCUCCCCUGUGGUUUUAAGCACAUUCUGCCCUAUUUCUACGUGAUCUACUUUGCUGUGCUGCUGGUGCACCGCGAGGCCCGUGACGAGCGCCACUGCCGGAGGAAGUACGGCCUGGCCUGGGAGAAGUACCGCCGCCAUGUGCCCUACCGCAUCAUCCCCUACAUCUACUAGACACGCGCUGCUGCCCGCCCUGCCGCCGCGCCUCCGCUGGUCCUCACUCUCCUGCUCCAGUCGGGACUAUGGAGCCAAGGGGUCUUUUAACCUCCCCAGGUUUAUCGUUACUAAAUCACAGUCGUGAACAGAAGGAAACAGGCGAAGGUGUUAGAAUUAGCUUUCUAGUGGGAAAUGCUCCAUUUUUAAAAGUCUUCUCAAUGCACUGAAAAGGAUACACAGGUGUCUAUGGGUUUUGAGGACUUUUCAAAUUGUGAUGGUUUUGUCAGU